AUGACGAACGCGUCGAAUACGCAACGAAAUAAGAAAUUAACCAAACGAAUCCUUAUAGAAGUGAUCGUUGCUAUAGCUAUCCUUGCUCCUGCAAUCUAUUUAUGUGUUAACUUAAAACCAAUUAUCAUUGGUCAGGUUUUAAAAAUAGUAGAAUUAAAGCCAAAUAGUCAAGGUUUUGAAACAUGGCUCAGUCCGCCAACGACAAUAACUCGUGGUUAUCAUCUUUUCAAUAUAAGUAAUGCAAUGGAAAUUGUUACCGAUCCAUCGUCGACAACAAUACAAUUGAAAGAAACACGCGCCUAUGAUUAUCAUUUAUUUGCCACGAAAAAGGAUGUUCGAUGGUCGGAUGAUAAUAAAGCAUUGAGUUAUUCGAUCUAUCGUUUGUUCAAUCGUCAUUCAACCAAAUUUGAACCAUCCGCUGUCAACGAUACAGGUGUAUUUGUUGAUUUGCUUCGAGCCAUUUUUCGAACACAAUUCGAAUCAAGACCAGCAAGUUCAUUCUUUGACUUGGGUGGAAAUAACGCUUUCAAUUACGGAAAUGCGAUUGAACAAUUAGAAGGUUUUACUUCACCAUUGUUCGAAACUGUCCGAGAAAAGAUGACUGGACCCAACACUGCUAAGUCUGGAUUUAUCUACCGAUACAAUGGUAGCCGAUCGUAUAAUUUUACAAUCAGAUCAGGUCUGAUGGAAAAAGGUCAGGUACUUUCAUUUGCCAGUGAAAAUGUUCCGUUUUCAUUUUCUUCACCCGACAAAUACCCACUGACGAUAUACGAUGGUCUUACAUUCGUACCGAUGCUUUUUGAUAAACCAGUUAUGCAUAUUUUUCAAGCAGAUUUUUGUCGUCCAAUUACUGUUAAAUUCAAUAGAGUUCUUACAAUGUUUAGUGGUAUCGAUGUUCAUGAAUAUGUAAUUAAAUUUAUUGAUUUUGAUCAAUGUACAAAUAUCAGUGAUAUAAAUACAUGUCCAGAGCUUGAUAAACUUGAUGUUUCCAAAUGUAUAUCAGCUACAUUACCAGACAAUACUGUCUUUCUAUCGAAACCACAUUUCUAUGGAGCUUCGAACGAAACAAUGGAAAAUCUGAACAUCGAAGGUUUUACACCGACUCGUGAUCAACAUGAAGCAUUGAUUUAUUUUGAACCUUAUUCUGGUACACCUCUUCGAGCACACCAUCGUAUUCAAUUGAAUAUUGAUGCAAUUAUUGAUCCGAUGAAACAAUCAGAAUACGGAUCAGAACUUACGCCAACAAAACGUCGUGGAGUUCGAAGAAUGAUACCGUUAGUAUGGAUUGACCAAGAAGUGAAUAUAGAUGAUGCUACAAUUGGUAAAUUAAGACUAGUUCAUCUUGCUAUUCGUCAUGGUAAAGUGGUUAUUAUGGUAGCAGCUAUACUUCUAAUUAUUCUCAUCAUUGGUAUUUUGGAGUGUUUAGCGAAACGAGCAACUAGAAAAGAACGCCGUCGACGAGGUGGUCAUCAGAAAGAAGACCCGUUAAUGCAACAAAUGACAUCGAUCAAUCAGUGA